AUGGAAACCGUCCGAAACCAGAAUGAAAGCGUGGAUUGCUGUGCAGACGGUGUGCUCGUGAUGAAGACGGCGGAUUCAUCUUCUGUGGCACACAUCAGCAAAUACCCGGAACACGGAGGAUUGACGGCUUUCGGCAAAGCAAACGUCCAACAUGGAAACGCGUACCGCGGCCCGCGCUUUGUUCUCAGAGCGACUAGUUUCCCCAACCGCGUGCCGUUGGCUUCCAUUAUGACGCCGCCGCGCCGCGCCGAGCCGCGCCGCGCCGCGCCGCGCCGCGCCGGCCCGCUCGUUCGCCACGAACGUGCUGGGUUUCGCAAAUGA